GGGUGAAACGAAAGAGAAUGACAGUGCUAGCUGUUCGAUAGCUGAGCCCAAGUUAUCUUUGUUUGGAAAUAUGGGUGGACCGUCUUCUACCUCAACACAAACGUUCAGCAUGUCAUCUAGCAACAAUGCACCUAUUUUGGCAUUUGGACUCAGUUCUAGUUCUGCUGCGACGUCUUUGUUUGGGCAGACUGCGGCUACUCCCGCACCUAAGGAGAGCUCUGCAGCUUCUCAGGAGCCGAAAGAUGCAAAUGUCUUCGCUUCCUCCAAACCAGAGAUUACAAUUUCAUCGCCUUUUUCUUUUGCCCAGGGAAACAAGUCCAGUGAAUCUGCGAUGCAGUCGGUGGCACAACCAGAACUACGGAAGGCCGCUGCGUCUUUUGGGACAACUGCUGUCGAUAAAGCAAAGCCCACUUCACAAAUUGAAACUGUUACCCCAACAUCAGCUUUCAGCUUCGAUCCGUCUGGUAAAGCGGCAGAGGCGCCUAAAAAUGCCUUUUCGUUUGGUCAGCCGACUGCUUCUGUUGCACCGUCUAGUCCAGCUCCUGCCACCGAAGCGCAAAAACCACUAUUUGGAGGCGUGAGUUCAGGUUUCUCCUUCGGUCCACAACCGACCGCGACAACAGUUGCAGAGGAAAAACCGGCC